GUGAAAGUACUUAGAAGUGAGCAUCGGUGCUGUACCAUCGUGCAAAUUACACCGAGUAACAGUUUCACCACUUCGGUCUCGUGCAAGAAAACCAUGGACGCAGAAGAAACUUGACAGGCAGAGCUCCGUGGCAGUAUUAAUUCGUGUGCCGCGGAGCAGCUGCGAGGAGAACAUCCAUCGUGCGCGUUGAUAAGAACAGUAGUCAGACUAAUCGUACCAGUCGGUCACAUCGUACACGAAAGACAGAACUCUGAAGACUAUACGUGCCUGUAGAUGUCGUCCUCGACAUUUGGUAGCUCCAGCUUCCGCAGGAAUCUAACGUCCACCAUUGCCGGCUCGGUAGUACGCAGCAAAAUUUUUUCCAUGUUUACUCUCUUCUCCAAAACGCUACCAGCUCAUGGCUUUUCACCCCCAAUAUUUCUUUGAUACCAAUUUUGAAUGAUUUUCAUUCGCCCCUCAACCUUACCAAUUCUUUCGAUUAGUUUACCGCAUUUAUUGUUCUAUGUGUCACACGUCUGACGGAGGUCGAGCGCCAGAGGCGGGCGGACGAGGCGAUUAGCGAACUAGGUUACUCGACCUGAUUUGUUCCACUCUUGUUCUUGCAAGAACCUCCAAGUGUCACUCAGAAAUUUCCCCCGGUUUUAUUCCUAUAAACCACGACCUUGAUUAUCUUCCUAUCACUCCAACACUGGUCUAUUUACCACACUUUAUUUCCGUGAAUAAGCCACCUUUAUCGUGCAGCAGAAGCUGAGCCUGGACUCCGUUCGUUCGCGACGACUUCUUCUCGGUGAAAACCUGCUACCUCGACGUGUCCGCAGGAAUGGCGGGGGCAGCCACCGAGGAGCGGGUGGACAGCAAGGAGGCCCCGGAGAAUGUGGAGGCCAAGGCCCCGGCCGGCUCGCAGCCGGGGAGCGGGAUAAAGAUCGACCCGAAUUUGCCCUUCGACGACCAGUGGCAGAGCUCCGACCCGGAGAUAUUGCGGUUCGUCCCGCCAGACGUGUCCGAAGAAGCGGAUGCCGCCAAGGACCGGUCCGGGCUGCAGAAACCAAAAAACAUUUUCGCGCCGAGAAAGAUCUCCCUGGAACUCGGGUUUUUCCGAAGGUUAUUCUCCAUUCUGAACUCCCGGUUCGGCGAUGCGCAGGGCGAAUUGUCGACCGCGCACUUCGAGCGGACCAUGUUGCGCAUGUUCAAAAUCAUCGGGUCCACCGGCGAGGAGAGAGAAGGAAAGACGUUCAACGCCGAGGAGUACGACGUGGAUGGCAGUGGUAUGAUGAUUUUUUGCACUACAGACCGAUUGUAGAAGUUGUCAUGCUGUUUGCCGUAUUUUUACAACCUGAAAUUUAUUCUUGAUAGUUGAAACUUGCGAUGUUGAUGUUCAGUUUGUGAUUCCGAUGCGGUUUGCGCGCAGUGCAAAUUGGGUGGAAUGGUUUUCCACCGAUUUGCGAUACGGCAACUACAUGCCAAUCACCCAAAAUAAAACAGGCGCCGUGGGCUGGUGGGAGUUCGUUUCCUGCUGGAAAAGCAAUGACUUCCACAUCACCUGUACCUGGUCGGAAAGGAUCUGGCUGUCGAUAGAGGUAUUUCAUUAAGGGAAGGAUUCUAUAAAUUUUUGUUGCUAGUAGUUGCAAAUUUCUCUUGCCCUUUGUCAUGCUUGACUUCCACCUAGUAGGGUUGAACAAUCUAUGGAUGAAGAUAAUGCGAAAGUCAACCGAUAAUUGCCAUACCCACUAAACAGGAUUCCUCAUCGUGCCGGAUCGCUCAGUGGGUGCAGACGACGGUGAUGAUCAUGAUUAUCGUUUCCUCCACCUGUUUUAUGAUUGCCACCCUCCCGGACUUGAAGAAGUCCCCCGGGCAGUGUACCCCCCGGUGCGACAACAUCGACACCAGCACCGCCUACGAGGAGUUCGAGUGGUGCAAGCGGGAGUGCGAGCCGCAGCAGGCGGACAUCUUCUGGACGCUGGAGCUGAUUUGCGUGGUGAUCUUCACCGUGGAGUACGGCGUCAGAAUAUGCUGCUUCCCGUUUGCGCGAGCGGAAUUGUUCUCCUCGGAUAUCCUCCUCGACAUGUGCCUCGGAGAUUUACCCAUCGCUUUCCAGUCCUCCAGGCAGCGGCUGUUCAAUUUCUUCUUUUCCCCACCGAAUCUCGUCGAUUUCUUCGCCAUCGUGCCCUUCUACUUCGAGGUGAUAUUGGAGGGUGUGAUGGAAAUCCAGGGAACGGCGGUGUUGCGGGUCAUCCGGUUGACCAGAUAUGAAAUCCAAAAAUGUCUGGGUCUGGAAACUUGUGAUGCAAGUCAGUCAAUAACAAAUGCACUGUAAUGCGCCGCCAAGCAUGACGAUGACAAGUUGCCUCGUGCUUGUGUGCUGCGUAUUCCGCAUGAGAAACUGCGUUUUUGCAUGACAGGCGAGAGAGGCUGUCUGUGUCGUCGAAACCGGAGUCGAAAACCGGAGUAAGAGGGGCCGUCGGACCGGGGAAUCGCUUGCUGGUUAAUAUGUAUGCGUGACAAGCUGGCUGCGUUUUGCAUUCGUGGCAGUCCAGGAAAGAGAAAGAACUAGUGAAGCGAUCGGAUCGACGAGGUGCGUCAGGGGGCGUCACUCAUUCAUUCAUUCAUUCAUUCAUUCAUUCUGUGGCCACACAAUACAGAUUUAAGGGCCAUGCUAGAUCAGCAUGACAAAUCUCGCAAUCUUCCAGACCCAGACAUUUUUGCAUGUGAUACCAGGUUGUUCCGGUUGAUGAAGGCCGUGAAGUAUUUCGAAACGCUGCAGAUCAUCGGGCGUGUGCUGCGGAGAAGUAUGCAGGCGUUAACGGUGCUGCUGUUCUACCUAACCCUGUGCGUCUGCUUCUCCGCGUCCUUGCUUUACUUUGCGGAGAGCGGCGACUGGGAUCCAGCACAGGAGGAGUAAAAACUUUUGAUUGCUUUGUUCUGUAGCGGUACUAGCGCAAGAAGUCAUGACAAGGAAGUGUGUUCGUUGCUGUUGUACCACCGAAGAUGAUCUGCAUGACUGAACGUAUAACAAAAAUAAAACUACUAGAGCUUGUUACUGUCUUCCAAAAUCCUUUCCCCAGGUGGAUGCGAACCAACUGGAUCAACAAUGGACGCGAGCCUACUCCGUUCAAGUCCAUUCCGCAUAGUUUCUGGUGGUGCUUCGUGACGUACACGACGGUCGGGUACGGUGAUAUGGUGCCGUACUCUUCGCUCGGACAGAUGUUCGGUGUCGCAACCAUUUUAGUCGGCCUGCUCGUGCUGGCCAUGCCCAUUUCGGUGUUGUCAAGUAACUUCGGCGAGGUGUGGCGAGAAAACCAGGAAGAAAUGAGAUUGCAGGCGAAAAGCGACGAGAUUGUAUUGCAUAUUCUAUAUUAUUAACAUGAGAAAACAUCAUUAGUGACACUUCACCUUAUUUCAUUCCACUUUUUUGCCUGUAGUGCUGAAUUCGAUUUGCAUGGCGAUGGCCUGUCGUAUAAAGUGACCGUGAUGUCCACGUAUGCAGAAAACAAAAACUAUUAAUGUCAAUCAAGAAAAAUGUAAACUAAAACAGGAACGGGAGGCAGUGGAAUCUGCGUUGGCCAUCAAGGACCCCGCAGAGCAGCUGAAGAGGGUAUUGAUCGAGCUCUACGAUGAGGACGCACUGGGCGAACGCGACUUCCUGGGCGAGUGCCAGAUCGAAUACGAGAAAAUAGGCCUCAGUCCGGAUUUGUGCGGCGAGAUCAAAUUCGAUACAAUAGAGGUAUGGGAUAAAAUUUUCAGAAAAUUUCGGAUCCUUUUAUUCAUGAAUGACAGCGACGAGGACAGUACAGCCAAAAACAAAUUACACUUACGAUACGACAUUUGUUGACGUGCAAAGAAAUAGACGGUCAAUUGGUAGAUAAUUCGCAAGAACCGUUAGAAAUAGAGACUGCAACUCCAAUCGCUCAGGCCCCUCUGUGCCCCAACGAGCUGAAGCACACCAACGACAAAGUAGUAGUCCGUGGGAGUGUGAAGUUGCUCGUUUCCUGGACGCCGUUGCCCUUCGACGAGGACACGGCGACGGCCGCGAAGAAGAAGGACGACGACGCGGACGACCCAACCGAGAAAUACAAGAAAAAGCUGCGCGCAGAGCCGCCAAAGCGAACCCAUAUCCAGUUCUCCGGCUUAGAACUUUGGCCGGGCUCCUUGACCGUAAUCGUCCACAGUGCGACGGAGGUGGCAGCAGCGGAUUUUAGCAUCUUCAAAACAGGUAUAGCACUUUUUUUGGCCUAUUACUUUUCAUGCGUAGAUUGAUUGAUAUGGAUAGUUCCCCGAAGACAUGAAGUUACGCGAAAAAGAAAAUCAUCGAAAAAAGAAAAUCACCACCUCCACUUACAGGUGGCUCCUCCGACCCGUAUGCAACGAUAACGGCGUGGACCACUCUCCCCGCCCCCACGGGCGCGCUGACCGUGAAGACGUCGAGAACGAAAACCAUGUACGCGACCUUGAAUCCGGUCUGGAACGCCAUGAUGGAAUUCGAUUACCCAUGGCAGACCGCCGAGCACACCAAGGUCAAGCCGAAGCCCGGGGAUUUGGACACGAACAACAAAGCUCUCGCCUCCUCGCUCGACCCGGCCCUCGCCGCGGAGAUGCAGCUGGCCAGCAAGGCGGGGCAGAUGGGAAACUACCAGUCCCUGAACGAGAAGUUGCUAAAAAUGGAGCUAGACGACCAACCAGACCCCUACGAUAAGCAGGCCUUUGACGCGAUCACGGAGCUACGACAAGAAUUCCGCGGCGAAAUCGACGAGACCAAGCAGAUGAUCCUAGACCUCAUGGAGCUGAUGCGCAAACAGCACAAGCAGCUGGUGAAGGAGCUGGGGCUCAAGAAGGACAAGGAAAAGAACAAGCUUGGGGGGAGCGGAAGCAGUCCCAGCGGGGCGCCGUCGUGA